CGUCUUUCACCGGAGGACGUGAGUCACUUCUUUCCUGCUGCAGUUGUGUUUAUUUGGUCUUCUGUGUGCUGAGAGGGUUGGAAGCGUCUUCGGAGCCGUCAUGAGCAGAACGCAGCUCGCUCCGUAGAGACGUGGCAGUCAGAGGCGGCCAUGUGUCAGUCGGAGGAGGCCGAGGCCAGCCUGGGCCUGAACAGUCCCGACCCGCUGGUGAGAGAGGCUUUCUUCAUGGCCCACGACUACAUCGACUACGUGACCACGGGGGGGGCGGGCGGCAGCGCGGGGGCCGCUCCCUCGGCCGGCGCUGCCGCCCUGAGGCACGCCGGAGACCAGCUCCUCACCCGCUUCCCCAUCUUCUUCCGGCGCUGGCCUCGCGUCUUCCGGGACGUGACGGAGCGCACGGCCUGCCCCGUGCUGGUGGGCAUCCUGGACGAGCACUUCUUCCCGCCCGUCCACGGGAGGCGGCGCAGAGACCUGGCCUGGAGCGCCGUGCUGUCCGUGUACGUCCUGGCCGGGCAGAUGGCUCUGCACUGCCACCAGAGGGGCAUGCUGCCGGUGCUGCCCCAGCUCAAGGAGUGUGUGGGGGGCUACGUGGAGAGGGUCAUCUGCCCUGAGAUACGGGACAAGGGAGGCUGGAGCGGGUUCGUGUCACGUUUCGGGCCAAAGCCGGACCUGGAGGUCCAGGUGAAGAAGGUGUGCUGCUGGACCCUGCUGGUGCUCACCAUCAGCAUCCUCACCUACUCCCUGUGGAAGAGGAGGAUGUGUUAG